UGACAUUAGAACCAUGUUUCAAGUGAUAGGUUAGAAUAUUAAAAUCAAAAGUAUGACACAUCAUCCUAGUUCCUGGUAUUUUUAAAAUCUAAUGUAAUGAACAAAAAAAAUUUGAUUGAUAAGAUUAACGAUAAGGGUCAAAGAUAUUCAGAAGGGUUUCGUAUAUUAUUAGACGUAUUUGUAGCUGGUUCAAUAUCUUCAAUAAUAGGUACCUUCCUUCUUCAACCUUUAGACGUGAUGAAAACACGUUUACAAACACCUCAUCUGCUACCAGUCAAAGAUGGAAAAACUAAAUACGGCAUGAUCACUUUAUUCCUUCAUAUUAAAGAGCAAGAGAAUAUUAAAAUGUUGUGGGCUGGAACGGUUCCAUCUUUAAUAAGAGGUGUUCCCGGAGGUGGGAUUUAUUUUAUGGCGUAUGAUUGGUUUAAAAAUACAUUUUUUCCAAAUCAACAACGCAUUAAUACUAUACAGUCGAUUGGAAUAGGAGUAUUCGCAAGAACUAUUAGUGAUGUUGCCGUAAUUCCUUUAAGUGUCAUAAAAACACGAAUGGAAAGUGGAGUUUACAAAUAUAAAAGUUUUUUAUCGGGAAUGAAACAAAUAUAUACACACGAAGGAUGGAGAGGAUUGACAUCGGGAUUAGUUCCUACAUUAGCACGUGAUGUUCCAUUAUCUGGAAUGUAUGUAAUGUGCUAUAUUCAGUCGCUAGAACUUGUACCUCUUGAGCUUCGUCAAUCUCAUCCAUACACAAUUAAUUUCACAUGUGCCACAAUUGCUAGUAUUUUCUCCGCGAUUAUCACUCACCCUCCCGACGUGAUACAAACCCACAUGCAACUUUUUCCCGAUAAAUACAAGAGCAUAUCGCCGGUUAUUACAGAUAUUUGGUUACAAGACGGUUUCCCAGGAUUUUAUCGAGGAAUCAUACUGAGAUUAAUGAAACGAACCAUUUUAGCGACUAUAUCGUGGACGUUAUACGAAAAAGUUAAAGCGGAAAGUACGAAAUAAAUAUAUUCAAUCAU